AUGAGAAGCGUGGGCAUGGCCGUCAUCAGGGCCGGGCUUGCACUUUUGGUCCAGGGGUGAGCGUCGAACAAAUCAGCCCAGGUCUACCCUUGCCGAUUUUUUCAAUUUUUUUCCGAAAAUCCACAGGAGGACCACGUUCAACUGUUUUGAAGAGUUUUUUCAAUGGGGAGGGUACCAGCCCUGGCUUUCAUAUAGUAAAUACAACACUUUCAGAGCACCACACCGGGUAUUCAAGUCCCAAAACAUUCCAGAAGACAACUCACCUUCAGACAUAAGUUGUUGCCCAUUUACAGGAACAAUAGUCAUUUUUGUACCGUUGUUUCAUGUCAUUCUGACACAUAUUGACUUUGCACAAGAGAAGUUUGAGUUCCUCGAUUUUUCCAAGUAUCGGGAUAUUCAAAAGCUUCAGCUGAUCAACCGGAGCAAGCAGUUACUACUGUACACGGAUAAGACUGUAGUUCUUUAUGAUAUGAUGACAUACGAAACAAUACGAGUAUAUAUUCCACUUCCUCAAGAACAUUACAACUACGGCACGUUGUGGCUUCAUGGCAAACUGAUAGACUAUCAUAAUCAAGUCGACUUUGAUGUGAAUUGUAAGAACUACAGAAAACCAAUUAGGAUCGGUAAUCCAUACGACUACCGAAGAUACAUGGGCUAUGCCAAUGAGAAAGACGAGUUUGUAGUUAUGGACGUUCACACUGGCAUACCGACAGAGCUUUUUAAACUUCGCGACGACACUAAAGGGUUUUUUAUUCUGGAUUCUAUUGGUUAUGUUGUACAUUGUGGUAGGUUUGUUCACAGUUGUCUUUAGUUACAGUGUUAGCCUUAGCACUAGCUCUAGCUCUGGCUCUAGCUCUAGCUCUAGCUCUAGCUCUAGCUCUAGCUCCAGCUCUAGCUCUAGCUCUAGCUUUAGCUCUAGCUCUAGCUCUAGGCCCUAGCAACAGGCCUAGUAAUAGGCCUAGCCCCAGCACUAGCCCUAGCUCUAACCUUUAAGGAUAACUAUAGCCCCUAUGGCUAGACCUAAAACUUAACAUAACACUAGCCCUAUCCCUAAUAACGAUUUUUUUUCAGGAAAAAAUUUCGAAAUUUACAGUCUGGAAACGUACGACAAGGUAUUCGAAUAUAGCGACAACGACAUUCACAAACAUAUAAAGUUCCUUAGUCAAGAUCUGGUAGACUAUUUGAACAAUAAACGAGUAGGUUUUUGCUUAUCAUUCUGCAACAUACUGUAACAAUGGUCUUUUAGAAAGAGAAGUAAAGCUUUCUUCAGUGAUAUGCCAGCUAUUAUCUAUACUAUGCAAAAAAAUAUCAAGGUAAUUAUAAUAUAUUAUUAUUUUCAGUUCCUGACCUACAACAAUGUCAAAAAUAUAUGGGUAUGGGCAAACAAAAAGGAAAAAAAUUCUGAAGAAACAGAUUAUCCUUUGAUAAAACACUUCUUCAAGCCAUUUCCAUUGAUGAGGUUGUACGAUUAUGGCGAUGAAGUAGUCUAUCUACUCAAUUUGUACGGUAAGUUUACCCUGCCCUACCUUACCCUACCCUACCCUACCCUACCCUACCCUACCCUAUCAAAUCCUACCUUGCCCUGUUUUACUAGGCAUUACCUUACCAUGCCCUACUCUACCUUGCUUCCAACUUUACCCUACCUUAACUUACAAUAACCCUACCCUAUACUGCUUCUCCCUCUUCCUCCUCUGUCCCACCAUUCCCUACUUUGCCAUGCCUUACUCUGCCCUACUCUACCUUGCUUUAUCCUCCUCUAUCCUACCCUAUCGCACUUUACCCUCUCUUAUUCUACCUUUCCCUGUUUUCCUGUAUCUUAUCCUUUCCUCCUCUAUCCUACCCUGUCCCCCUUUACCAUACCCUCAGUUCUUCUAGCUUGCCUUGGUCUCCUCUACUUUGCUCCGUCAUUCUUUACCCUACCCUGUUCUCCUUUACCUUGCCCUGUCCUCUUCUGUCUUACCUUUUCCUCUACCCUACCCUACCCUACUAAUCAACACCCACAUAACCAGCUCCAUUACAGAUACCAAAGUCCUGAAGCCAUUCAGAAUACAGCCCGAACCUGACGAUCCAUAUGUUAAAGGAUUCCGUUCGUUAGAAGUAUUUAUUGGGAUCUGCAUGAUGGUCGAUGUAAACGACCUAGAGAACGUCGAGCCAGAAGAACCGGUCGAGAGCAAAGCCAAAAAACUAUUUUUGGCACGUGUGCAAUGGCUAGAAGACAGUCACUUUAGCAGGCAGCGCGAAGGCCGUAGACCUUACUGGGCAAUUCGGCAUCGCACGCCUCCAUUGCCAAAUCCAGAACCCCCACCACCACCACCCCCGCCUCAAGAUCAGGAGAGGCGCAUACCAUUUAGGGAAUUAAAAGGGCCGUUGCACCGAUGA